UCCCACUGGGUGGCAACGCAAGUCCAAGCUAGGCGAUCUCACCCAGUAGGCCUCGGUGAAUCCCCAGGGGCCAUGAAGGUGGUGCUCACAGCGCGGUCCUCGACCAGCAGCAGCAACUUCACCUGGAAACCCGUUAGAAUGCAAAUUACCUCGGCCCCACCCAGCCCUCCACAACCAGAAACUGUGGCGCUGGCACCUAGCUCGGUGCUUUAACGAGCCCUCCAGGUGCGCCGAGGCACGAAGAGCAACGAAUGGAGGAGCGGAAUGGGGAAAGAAGGGCCUCUCCUUUAAGACGGAGCGGACGCCCCCCGCCGCCCCUUCCCGGGCCUCCUAACAGCCUGCAGCGGCCGGCGGCUCUCAGCCGCCGGGACCCCGGCGCCCGCGCCCAGAGUCAUGAACCGCAGCAGCACGAGCAGCGCGGCCGAGAAGGCGCCCACAGCCAUGCUCUGGGGCUGUGAGCUAAACCAGGAGAAGAGGACCUGGACCGUCAAACCCCAGAAGGAAGGGAAGCAGGACUGUAAGCUGUUGCUCAGUACGAUUUGCUUGGGGGAGAAAGCCAAAGAAGAGAUGAACCUCGUGGAAAUCCUGCCCCCAGCCAGCCAGGAAGACAAGAAAGCCAAGCCCAUCACCAUCGCCUCUCUUCAGGCCUCGGUGCUCCCCAUGGUCAUGAUGGGAUUGGAGCUUUCUCCUCCAGUCACUUUCCAGCUCCGGGCUGGCUCUGGACCCGUGUUCCUCAGUGGCCAGGAAUGUUAUGACACUUCAGACCUGUCCUGGGAGGAGGAGGAGGAGGAGCUGGAGGAGGAGGAAGAGGAGGAAGAUGACAGCGAUGAUGAUGACGAUGAUGAUGUUGAUGUAGAUGUGUCCCUAGAGGAGGAGACCCCUAUUAAACAAGUCAAGAGGCUAGCAUCCCAGAAGCAGACAGGUGUUGCCAAGAAAAAAAAGGUGGAAAAAGAAGAGGAGGCAGUGAGGUAACUCUUUCCAUCUGUUAACGUAGCCAAAAUCUUACAGCUGAAGCCUAUAGGGUUAGAAAGGGUCUGGCGUGUGUGCAUGUUUGUGACCACACAGGUGUGCUGUCUCUGAUGGCCGGCACAGCCUUUUUUGGAAGGCAUCAAAGUAUUCUUAUCUUCUGACCUAAUUCCACUCAUGGUAACCCCUUCCCAAGGACCCCAUCCAAAAUACAGGUAAAAUCAUAUGCACUAAGAAACUGAUCCCUGCAUUAUUCAAGUAAUAGUGAAAAAUGGAAGCAUUCUAAGUGUCUACCAAUAUAGUAGAUUAAGCUGGGUCACAUUUUCCCAGUAGAAUGUGACAUAAUGCCUAUGAAGAAUAUAGCAUCCUGGAAAGUGUUUACAGAAUUUAAAAAGAACAGGAUCUUAAAUCAUUUUCAUGUUAUUUCACAUGUUUUUAGAAGAAAAAGCAAAAAGUCCUGCAAGGAAACACACCAAAAUGUUAAUACCGGUGGGAGGUAAAGAAACAAGUGAUUUCUAUUUGCUAUAUUUUGUGCAAUGUAGUUAAAUAUUACUUUUAUAAUGAAAGAGACCUAUUUGUGAUAAAUAAAAGAAAGCAGGUGGAAGUCUAACAAGAAAACACCUCUUGUUAAGAGAGAGUCAGAAUGGUCCCAGCAGGUGACGGGGUGGAGAGGUGAAUUCUGCAGCCUCCCAGCUCUCCAUAUCACAGCCCCUGGCUUUCCUGGAAGUGGCCAGGGCCCUGCAUUGCAGUGUAGGCAUUAGUAGGUUCUGGGCUACUGGUGUCCUGCUGAGCUCUCUCUCUUUCUCACCCUCAUCCCCUCUCCUGGCCUCCCCACCCUAUUCCAGACCCAGCCUUAAAGACAAGAGUCCUGUGAAAAAGGUAAGUACCAGGAGAAGGGGCUGGUCUUCCUGGGGGCAAAGGGAGGGAGUGGGACUCUGGUGCCCUCCCUUCUCUCCAUAGGCCAAACCCACACUCAAACCUAAAAAGCCAGGAUCCAAGAAAUGAGGAGCCAGGAGUGGCCUGGCUGCAGUGACGGAGGGAGAGCCAGCUAGAACACCAUACAGAGUGGCCUUCCUGCGGGUGUGCGGCAACCCCAUGUUCCCCCCCACCCAGCCUCUCUCCCUCUGAGUCUGAAUGUGAUGGAGCUGUUGGGGGCAACACAAGGGGCCCACACUCCAACUAUCAAGUUUCAGCAGGACCUGGAGGGAAGAGCCCUGACCUCAGAGCCCCAAUAAAGUUUGCUUUGCCGGGA